AUGAACCAGAACAGCUGCAGUAUCACAGUUUAUGAAAACUUUCCGCUUGUCCAGCUGUGUGUUUACAUUCCAGUUUUGAUUUUGGGCAUUUUUCUGAACGUGUUGGCGCUCUGGGUGUUCUGCUGCAAGUUCAACAAGUGGACAGAAACCAAAGUAUACAUGGUCAACUUGGCUGUGGCCGACUGCUUGCUGCUCUUCACUUUGCCUUUUAAAACAUUAUCCAAUUUCCAACAGAUGAAGGUAGGUAGAUGGUGUCUGAUUCUGGAAAGUGGCUAUUUCAUAAACCGCUUAAUGAGCAUCGGUAUCAUCACUGUCGUGGCAGCUGACCGGUACCUUGCCAUCAAGUACCCUUUGAAAGCCAAAGUGCUGAGGUCACCCCUGCAGGCAACUUUUGCAUCUGGAUUUCUUUGGAUAGUCAUCAUCUGUGUGAUUUUCCUUAUUAAAAUGAUAGAGAAUCGAGAGCAAGAUGAACUUUGUUUCGAAAAAUCCUCUGUUAAGCCCUCAGUAAUCAGUCUGUGUGUUAUUAUUGGAGGGUUUUUCAUACCACUGAUCAUUGUGAUUUAUUGCUCCACACAAGUCAUUGCAGAACUCUUGAAAAAGAAGAGUGAAAACUGUCACGAGAAAAAGCUCAUCAGGAAGGCUGUCUACAUUGUGACUGCAAACAUGGCAGUGUUCAUCAUAUGCUUUUUGCCUCUUUACCUUGGACAUCUCCUUCGCUUUAUAAUGGACUCCAUCAGCUCCAGCUGCCCUGCGAUACAGAGGGUUAACAACUUCGUUCACCUUGCCUCGGUCCUUGCAAACACAAACUGCUGCCUUGAUGCUAUUUGUUACUACUUUGUAAACAAGGAAUUUAAGGAAGCAUCUCCCAAGCUAGUGAGGUCCAAAUCUGAAUCCACUGAAGAUGCUGAAAUUCAGCUUCCCACACAUUAG